UUGCUUCACUGUCAGCAUUACAGAUACGAGUACAGAAUACUUACCCGAUAUUCUCUUGUAAAAACCGUCGUUGACGGCACAUCAAAGAUUACAGAAUUGUGCAAAUUCAUAAUUGUCGACUUGUAUUUCAUCCAACGUUCCAAAAGCGCUGUUUUCAUCACUUUCAUUACUUUUUUCGUAAGUUUUUUCCAUUGCUUUCAAUCGAUCAUCUCCCUGUUCGCUAGUUCCCUUAGCAGCGAGACGCGUAGACCUAUUCAAAUGCAGAACAAGGAGACUGUGCAGGGUGCUGGCAGUGGUCGGCGUUCGUUCGCAGCGGGCGAUAUUGUGCUGCAGUGCGAUCCCAUGGUGUGGGUAAUGAAUAGUAGCGAAUAUCCAGUACGCUGUGCCUACUGUUUUCAAGAAAGGAAGAUCAAGGAACUGAGCAUCUGCUCGAGAUGCAAGGUGCAUCGCUACUGUAGCGAAACAUGCCAGCUUGCUGACUGGAAAGUUGAGCACAAAGUGGAAUGCGCCCUGCUGAACAAAAUCGGACCGCGCAGUUUCGUGGACACGGAACCCGGACGGUCGGGUAACAGUACGCUGUUCGUUAUGGGGGUACCCAGGGAUCUCGUCGCCAAGCUAGACAACAAAAUUAAGUUGGGCACAAUGAUUGAAGUUCCUGGAUCGGGUCUGAAAUCAACCCGAGAACUGUGGCUUAUGUUUCCUAACGGCCCCAAACUACCGAAAAACCUUGCAGAGCAAGUAUCAGAUCGUAUUGCGGAUAUAGCCAAGCAGCUGGGCAUUUCGCUUGCAGAAAUGAUGACCUAUUGUUCCAAUAUCUGCUAUCAUGCUCUGCCCUUGUACGAUAUGGUGAAAGAUCGGACGCCCAUUGGGUUAGCGGUGUAUCCCAUGGUAUCGCCUCGCUUCAUGACGCCGGUCUGCUGGGAUAAGAAUGUGGUGCUGAGCUACCGUGGACGCCGUUUGUUUAUCCACGUUGUGGAAGACAUUCCCAACUUUACCGGACUGAAAGAUCUGCGUCACAGCGGCAUGGAGGAACCGUAUUACCUAACACGAGCCGGGCGCCGCGCUGAAUUUGAAACGAUGCAUGGUUUUCCGUGCAAAUGUCGGAAAUGCACACCAGAAUAUGAGGCGGAUAUAAACCCAAUGAAAUGCAUGACCGUUGGAUGCCCGAAUCGCAUUCCCAGCGACGAUCGCGCUCUGCAGCCCUGUAGCGAAUGCGGGGCUUUGAACACAGAACGGUUGAUGGGAUUUCGUCGUUUUGUGGCGCAGCAUGAAACCAUUGAAGCACGGUAUCCCAAACUCCUCCACACGGCUAUGGCUCUCGAUUUGUGCGAGAAAAUGGACGCUGCCGGUAUCCUGCAGCCGGAUGCGCAUUUCCGCUACGUCUGCGGAUGGAAAUUGCCGCAACAACUGUACGAUGCGAAUCGUUUCGAGGACGGCUGGAAAAUGACGCAGGAAACCAUCAUCUGUGUCCGGAACAUUUAUUCCAAAUACGAAGUUUUUCGCGCUAUUGUUCUAUCGCUGGCUGGAGUAUUUUCUGCAGAAGCUCUAAAGAAAAAUGUGGUGGAACAAAUUGGUCGGCUAUCAGCCACGGAGCGGAAAGAGCUAAAAACGAUGUCGGACCAAGCGUGUGCUGUUAUAUUGGAUUAUUGCGACGAAGCGGGGGACAUUCUUGCUCUGCUGUAUGGGGAGCGCUCCAAAGAGGUCACUUGGGGCAACAAGUUCGUGGGAUGCAUCAGUUUUCUUAUGAAUGAAAUCGCCAAGGCCUUCUGUGACAGUAAAUAGCUUCGAAAAUGUGUAUAAUAUUCUCUACCGAAAGACUUGCGUUGUUUGGAGAGUGACAUGUUUUGUUGUUUUCUGAUGUGUUGGUGAUUACGUUGAAUGUUUGGUCGCUGGCUGAUUUUUCGUGCUCGUUCGAGCCCAUGGCUGUAUUUCUAUGAUAUUGAUUUUGUUGAUAAAUUUUGGAAAACUAUCGA